AUGUCCUACGGCUCUAACUCGCAAGGCCCCGUCUAUACUGCGCCUCCACCGGAGUACGUACAGACUGACAGUGCGGGAACGUCUUCGGCUCGCGAACCGUUUCUAGGUAGAGAGUGGGAGAACGACAAUGUACCCGAUGAUUUUAAAAUCGGAGUUUCGGUCGGUCAAUGUGAUAUUGGUAUUAGAAUGGCUUUUGUCCGCAAGGUAUAUUCCAUUCUUGCGGUUCAACUGUUCUUGACGAUGAUUAUGGGCGCUGUAUUUAUGUAUAACGAAUCUGCUAAAAAUUGGGUUCAAUCAAACAAUUGGGCUGUAUGGGUCUCUCUCAUUUCAACGUUUGUCCUUCUUUUUGCCUUGAUCUGGAAGCGUCGAUCUUAUCCGGCAAAUUAUAUUCUUCUGGGUCUAUUUACGUUUGCUGAGGCUUAUUCUAUAGGAGUGACCGUCACUUUUUACUCGCAAGUCCUCGUUCUUCAAGCUUUAAUUAUAACGUUCAGCAUCUUUGUCGCUUUGACUCUGUUCACUCUCCAAACCCAAUGGGACUUUAGUGGCAUGUUCCCAUUUCUCUAUGGCGCAUUGUGGCUAGUCGUAAUUCUAGGAUUUGUGCAGAUCUUUAUUCCGUUCAACAAGACCUUUGAUUUAAUUCUUGCUACCGGAAUUGCGAUAGUCUUCUGUGGAUAUAUUAUUUUUGACACUUACAACCUCAUGCAUAGGCUAAGUCCAGAGGAGUACGUAAUGGCUGCUGUCGAAUUAUACUUGGAUAUUAUUAAUCUAUUCUUGGCUAUUUUGCGUAUCUUGAACGAUUUGAGAGAUUGA